AUGGCAGAGCAGAGCAGCCGCGAUGUGGUAGAUCAGACCCUGUCGGGCGGCGACCCUUCGCCUUCCGACGUUCCUGCGAGCACCAACGACAAGCUAUCUGCUGGAGGGGACGCGGGGAAGACCGAACAUAUCGCUAUGAACACUACAUCCAAUACUGCAACCCCGAACGGUCAUGAAGCAACAAAAACGUCUGAUUCACAGGGAGAGGGAGCUGGCAGCGACAAGGAUCCCGGAAGCCGUACAACGAAUACCGGAAUCGUUGCGACCAGAGUACUUGAACUCAACGGGCUGGCAUCUGCUUCGGACGGCGGAGACGACACAGCUUCACAGGGUGGCUCAGAAUCGGAUGCGAGCCGAACGGAUAGCAGGAACCACAUGCGCAAUGGCUCCGUGAAAAAGCUAAACUCGUUCAAGCCGGUGUCUUUCGCAAAGCAGAAAUUCUCAGUGCCCAAAGUUCCAGGUGCUCCCGCACCUCCCAAGGCGCCAGAGAAAACUCCAUCCACCUCUACGACGCCGCUAGGAACCCCACAACCAAGCACUCGUCCGCGCUUGGUCGCAAAGACAACACUCGGGAUGCGUGAUUCACUUUCCAAGAAUGGAGCCGGCGGGGCUAACCCUAGCGGAUCAGGGCCAGAUCCAAAUCAGGUCUGGAACAAAAACAGACCUGUUGCGCCACCUCCACCCAAGCAUUUGACGGACGAAGAGUUGAAACAGCAAUAUGGAAUUCAUAUGACUUCUCGCAUUCAAGAGGACGGGGCUGUGAGCUCUGAAGCCAAGUGGGCUGACAUUGAUGACGACGAGGAUGAUUGGGCUCCUGAAACGAUCGAAUGGACAGAUGGAACUAAGGUGAAUCUAACGCAUUCUCAUACUGACCCCCCACCGGGUCCGAGCCAGCCUGUCCAAAGUCAACCCGAGCCCAAAGAACCUCCCAAAGAAGCACCCAAAGAAGCACCCAAAGAAGCACCUGUGGCGCCAAGGGUCCAACCAGCACCAAAGCCCACCACCUUCGUCGGACCUAACCCGACAAUCCUGAAACUUGGCGCGAACGCAGAACGUCAAGCGAGGACUGCAAGUGCAUCCUUAAAAGGCGCGAACGAUAAGGUUCCUUCUAGCUCGACAAGCCCAGCACCCCCAUCCAAAUCUCCAUGGGCCCCUCUGCCUCCUGUGGAGAGGGUAUCUCCAGCCAAUGGUCCGAUGCCACCCCAGCAACCACGCAUGCCCGUGAGGCAUCACGCCCAGAGGGAUGAUGGCCUCCACGCACCGCCGAAGGAGAUUGCGGCAGAUGACUUCAACCGAACUUGGAAAGAGGUCCAACCCGGGGCCCCCCGAGAGCUCUUCAACUCGCGCUCUGGCCAAUAUGAGCCUGUGCCUGACAACCGGAGACCUUCUUGGCGCCAUGACCAGCAUCCGAAUCCCCGUGCCCCGGCGGUAUUGCAGAGAGCGAACGAUCACCCAAGCGGGCCGGCAGAGCCAUCUGCUGCUUUCCAGACCUACCGGUCGAGCCACCAAGAUGGCAUGGGCUGGGGUGGUCGUCGACGUACGUCGUCAAAUGUGAGCGGUGGAAGCGGGGGGUUCGGUCGCAGAAUGUCUUUCAAUCGACAUGAUGCACCUCCCAGAAUGUAUGAUGGACGCCGGGGUUCCCAAACAAUAAUGGACCCCGCGUUGAUGGGCCCCGAGCAGCAACAGCACCAGUACCCUGGCAAAGAGGAGCAUCUGUCGUCUGGGCCGAACGGGACGAUUCCACGGCCUGUCGAAAAUGUUCAUGUGGAGGCACCUCCAGAGGUACAGCCAGUGGCUCCUCCGCAAGAGGACCCGGUUGUUCUGCAGGAGCGCAUCAUGAAGGAGAAGCGCUUAGAGGCGAGACAGCGCAGGAUUGAACAGGAGGAGAAGGAAGAAGCUGCCAAGAAAGAGCGGAUCAGACAACGGCUUGAGGCCAUGGGGCCUGCGCCAGAGAAGAAAGCUCCAGAGGCGCGCACACCUCCUGCCCCUUCGUCCCAACCUGUGUCUCAACCUCCCCCUCACCACGCACCUCCCACUUCGCAACAAUCCACUCACCCCAUCUCUCCACCUCCUAAACCUCCCGUCCCAGAGCCUACUGGCGCACCGAAGCAGUAUGGAAUGAUGAAAGUGCAUCAUCCAGACUCUGUCAAGAAACUUGUUGGUGCUCACGAUCGGCCCUCUGACAACAAGCACUUCACUCGACGCGUGUCUUCUCCCAACCAGGAACCUCCACGCGAACCACUCGCACCCCACUCUCCUGUCAAGUCAAACGGUCAACCCGAAGAACGGUGGCAGCAAGGCAACUUGAAAGUGUCUACCUCGCCCUGGUCUCAUCCAAGCAUACCUACAACCUCUCCCACAAUCAAGAAUCCGUGGAAACCAUUGGGUAGUGAUCGCACACCCACUCUCGGAAACGGCAUCUUCGACCAACCUCUCGGUUUCUCUUCCCGCGAGAAUUCUCUGCGUCAACUUGGAUUUGAUCAACCAACCAUGGCUAACCCUCCAAACUUUGUUGCUGCACCCCCAGAGCAAGCUGCAUGCCUACCCUCACCCGAGGCCCGCCACGCCGCAUUUGACCCUUUGCAUCCCAUCAGCCGCCCUGGGCCGAUUGGACCACCGAACGCCCAACAGCCCCGUGGAGUGGAGGCAUGGAGAUCGUUUGCGCAAAAUGCGGGCGAAUCCGAACGCCAGGACCAGAAGAACUUCAUGGAGCAUUUCCACAAGACACACCAGAAGGGUGAGCAUAUCACAGCUCCGGCAUCCUUCGACCAAACCUGGAAACAAAUCAAAUCUACCAAGGAUGGCAGACGUGUGGUGAACGCAGUCUCUCACACAGUCGUGAGCAAGGACGAAUCGACCCCAGAGCCAGCCGUGCAACCGCUAUCUAACCCGUUGGCUGGCGCCGCCCCUGUGGACGGGCUUCCAUCGUCAGAUAUCAAUCGCUCAGGCCCCAUUCCCGUUCGCAGCUCUCGGUUCUUCCCCUCUGCCACCGAGCAGCAGCCCAAACGCCAGGUCGUCGGGAAGGAGCGCAGUAGCAGCCCUUCGCCUCCUCCCCCCGAGGAGGUUUCAAGCCACCCGGUUUACUUCGGAGAUUUGAGCCGUCCCCACGUGCAUCUCCCAAUUCCUAAGCCUGUCGUGAAGCUUCCACCAAAGGUUGUCAGUGCCCCUGCUCCUCCGCCCACAUUUGCUUCUAUGGCAGCCGCUCCACCACGCAACGUGAUGCCUUCAGCUCCCACCGCCAUCUCGUGGCAAGAAAAAAUCAACAGUCUCUUCAAAGGAACCAAUAAGAAUGUCCUCGCCGUAACCCCCGCCACAAAGGAAGCCUUGCCAGUUCACACCGCUGCAGUAUCAGUCUCGAUUCCUCGAACAAAGCUCGAGUCAUCACAGAAAGGAGACGGUGAUAUUGCGGUUGAACAAGUUGAGAGACAGGACGAAAUGUUUGAAGACCGUGAGCCUGGCUCGUUGCCUGCCGUUCGAGUUCCCAGCAUGGCACCUCCUAAUUCAUGGGGGCCACUUCCUCCCCUGCGUCAGCUUCGCAAGAACAUCAAGCAGGUUCAUGCCCAGAGCACUCCUUCAUUCCCAGUUGGCCUGGCUGAUCGCGAUACCCAUGGCAAUGUGCGAGCUACAGUUCUCCUUCCAGAUGGGGGUGAGCCUGUAGUGUUCCUCAUUCCACGCAAAGCCGCCCCGCAUCGACCUCGCAACAAUAACAACACCCGACCCCGCAAGGGCAUUAGCAAGUCGGGGGAGGCACCCAAAGCCAAGUUUGAGAAGUCUGCUUCCACCACAGGAUCACGACAGCAGUCCAAUAAGACGAGCUGGGGCCCCUCUUCACAUUAG